AUGGGCGCAAGCGGAGGCGGAAAAACGACGCUGCUGAACAUCUUGGCGCAGCGGAUCUUGUCGGGGCGGCGGAGGGGGGCGGUGGAGUUGGACGGGGAGGAGGUGCACGCGGGGACGAUGCGGCGCGUGUCUGCUUACGUGAUGCCAGACGACGUGUUGUUUCCGUCGCUCACGGUGCGCGAGACGCUGCUGUACGCCGCUGAACUGCGCCUGGAGCCGACAACUUCGCGACGAGAAAAGGAGGAGAAGGUCGCGCGGCUGAUCGACCUGCUCGGGCUGAUGAAAGUGGAGAACUCGCUGAUUGGCGGUGAGAGGAAGAGGGGCGUUUCUGGCGGUGAGCGAAAGUGA